AUGGGUGAGUUCACCCGCUUCUUCCGCGUAUCAGGAAUAAAUCACUGCAUGACGGGGCCCAGCGCGUGGUUCAUCGGCCAGGGUGGCGGCAUUGACGUCGCCAUCGCCAAAACCCUGCCCUUUGACGGGGAGCACAAUGUUUUUGCCGCCAUCGUGGACUGGGUCGAAGACGGGGUUCCUCCUGAGACCACCACAAGAACCAAGUUGGUCAACGAUACGAUGGCCUUGAGUAUCAUUUUCAGCGGCGGCAUUGCAGGCACCCACUGCAGAACAUGUACAAGGAAGACUGAGUCCCAAUCACCCGGAUAA